AUGCUCCCUUCAAAACCACUCCUAGGCCGCCUGAAGGAUCUCCAACUCGACUACCUCCAUGGCGAGGAACCUGCCUUGCUAAGCGGCCGUGAUUCCAAGUACACAUUCCUGUACCUUCCCUCCCUGGAGAAGCUUCAGCUUUCUUACGGCCUGACCGUUGAGAACAGUUGGUUACGCAUAUUUCGGGAACAACAGCACAAGUCGUCCGUGACCGAGCUCAAAAUCAGGGGCCAGAUCAACGCCCCACACAUCGAAUCUCUCUUCCAUUGUUUCAAAGCGUUGACCACCGUCGACCUUAGAGAAUCCGACCUGGGUACUGAGGUCAUGUCAGGUCUUUCCCGGCAUUGCACUACACUACAGCACCUCACAGUCUUAUUCGGUGGAGAAGGACCUACCGGAUCCCCCGCAUCCUUUGCUGAUUUCGAGCGACUCCGCACUCUGUGCAUUUACAGCAAACUCAUCGUCGAUCCAUACCUAGUUGACGGCAACCCAAGCCCAGAUCCCAAUCUCAAAGCCGCUCAAACACUCGUGCAUCGUCUCCCAGAGUCUCUGCAAGAGCUGUACAUCGGAUGGAACUACCGGGUCCCAGUCGCCAACGCUGAGCGCCUCUCCUUCGCACCCCUGUACUAUCUCGCCUGUCUACUCCAGCAGAAGCACCUUCCGGGCCUGCGCCGCAUUGCGCUCUGCGGCGACUAUGCCCAGUGGCCCCCCGACCGCAGAGCCCAACGUUAUGCCCGCGAUCUGGAGGACAAGUUUGCGGCGGCGAGGGUUGAACUGCUGUUCCCUGACCAAUCAUUCAUGCUGGGUUUGAGCGUGGGGCAUGAGUUGCGAGGCUUAUAG